AUGCAGCCAUUUUUUGACAUCCGAAACAACUUUCCAUACACUGUCUGGGCUGGAGCAGUGCCCGGCGGUGGUCAACAGCUUAAUCCAGGUCAAACCUGGUCUUUAAAUGUGGCAGCAGGCACAUCACAAGCUCGUAUAUGGCCACGUACCAACUGCAACUUUGAUGGGUCGGGUCGAGGGAACUGUGGGCCGACUUAUUUUCAAGAUUUUUCAAAGAUCGAUGCCCCGAUGCCUAUAGCUACCCCAAGGAUGAUCAAACUAGCACGUUUACAUGCCCUGGUGGAACAAACUAUAGGGUUGUGUUUUGCCCUUCCAACGCUAUUCAAAAUAUAG